AUGCAGAGCAAUCAGCAGCCCCCCGCCACCGAGUACACGCUCCAGGGCGUCAUGCGAUUCCUCCAGACCGAAUGGCACCGUCACGAGCGCGACCGCAACGCGUGGGAGAUUGAGAAGCAGGAGAUGAAGGGCCGCAUCGCCGCACUCGAGGGCGCCCAGCGCAGGGCCGACGCCAACCAGAAGGCCCUCAAGAAAUACGUCGCCAUCCUCGAGAAGAAGGUCAAGGACCAGCGCGACCAGCUGAAAGGCUCCUCUGCCUCUGCCUCGGUCGACGCACAGCACGAGGCCGACGCCGAGCAGGCAAAGAAGCUCGACCGCAACGCCCUGAUCCAGGAGAAGCUUCGCUCAUCAGUUGCCGCCAAGAUUCCGGGCGCAACUACCGAAAUGGAGGGCGUCGAAUUAGAAAGAAUCUCCGACGACGAGACACAACGGUCCGAUCUCAAGACCUUCCUCGACCAAUGUCAAGCCGAAUUCACUUAUCUGAUGAUUACACCCGCCAACCCUCUUCCCCCUCGUGACUCGCCCCCGCUUCCUCUGCUGGAUGAGCUUCAGAAUCAUGUUCAAGAGAUAGCUCCUCGACCUGCGCCCCCUCAAGGCUAUGCCGUCAAGACCGCAGAGCCUCCCCAACAAGUAAUGCAGCCGCAAACCCAGCCUAUGCUGCGUUCGACGGAGCAAACAGCGUAUCCUGCCGCUGUCGAGUGGCCUGGCCCAGUGUCUGUCACGAGCCGAGCUAUCGAUGAGGUGGAGGCUCAGAAACCUUUUCCCCGAGAGACAAACGAAGUGGCACCCGCUGUGAAGAGUAUGGAUGAUGCUUGGGACUUUAACGACUCGCAGGAACCAAUACCCGUGUCGUCCAACCGACCUGACGUUGAUGUCUUCCCCACUGCUGACAAUAUGCCAAAGUCGCCCAAUCGUGGACCAGGCUCCCACCGGCGAAAGAGCUCCAUGUCACGUCGAAGAAGUGCAGAGCAGGAGCUAUCCCUGAACGCAUUGGCUCAAAAGGCAGAAAGCGGCAAUUUCAAGCUUCGCUAUGGCUUGCGCGGGCAUCUAGACACUGUCCGCACAGUCAUUUUCUCCGGAGGAGGUAGUCCUGGCGAGCCGGAAAUUUGUACCGCUGGUGAUGACGGCCUGAUUAAACGCUUCCAUAUCCCGCGCAACAACCCAGGCCACCUACACAACAACGGCGCAAACACCGCAACAUCGGAUUUGGACGUUCAGGCGGACUUCACACAUCGCGGUCAUACAGGAGCCGUCAUGUGUCUAGCAUCUUGGUCUCCGUCUCCCAACCUCUCCACGGGCGGCCGUGCUCAGGGCGAUGGGUGGAUAUUUUCUGGCGGACAGGACUCUACAAUACGAGUUUGGGAACGUGGGCGUGUUGACCCUAAAGCGACGCUCGAUGGGCAUACUGAUGCAGUUUGGUCACUAUGUGUCCUGCCAGCCACACUCGGCGCCAUUUUUGGUCAGACGAACCCUUACGGCAGUCCAGACCGGAUCCUACUGGCAUCUGGGGCUGCGGAUGGCACCAUCCGUGUCUGGGCGGUGAGUGCGCCACCACAAAUGACCAGCCCUCAGCCGCCGGCCGCCGCGACGGGCCGCCGAGGUGCGGGCAGCGGUGGACGUGUUCGCGGCAACAGCAUGAGCUCCGGCUCGGCAUUCCCAAGCAGUCCUCAACCGACGGUGGCUUCCAACAGCCCCUUCCACUACACUCUUGUCCAUUCUAUCUCUCGCACCAACUCUGCAGCCUCCCCAACGUGCAUCACCGCUCUUAGUGGAACAGGCGAAUCUUUUGUUGUCUCAUACUCUGAUGCUGCGAUUAUUGUCUACGAUACCCGAACAGGCGAGGAGAUUGGAAAUAUGGCAAGCCUCGAGACAUACGACGGUACCCUUCAAAGCAGUGUCAACUCCGUGGUUGCAACAACAGUCGGCCUCGACCAGUCACAACAUCAAGUCGGCGAGGAGGACAGUGGAGGCGGUCCGACUGGCGGAGGAAGGGCAAUGGCAGGUAGCGGCGUUGAGGGUGUCGUCAUCUCGGGCCACGAGGACCGCUUCAUCCGGUUCUUUGACGCAAACAGCGGUCAAUGUACCUACAACAUGUUGGCCCACCCGGCUGCCAUUUCAUCGCUGUCUCUCUCUCCUGAUGGCCGCGAGCUUGUCAGUGCUGGCCACGAUGCGUCACUCCGCUUUUGGUCCCUGGAAACACGGUCGUGCACCCAGGAGAUCACGUCCCAUCGCAUUAUGCGCGGCGAGGGCGUCUGCGCUGUUGUAUGGGGCGGUCGCUGGGUUGUAAGUGGCGGAGGAGACGGCAUUGUCAAGGUGUUUGCAAGAUAG